AUGGCAUCCAGGCCAUAUGAACAGCCUCUCUUGGAACAUGAGCACCUGGAAGAUACCUCACCGUCCACUAUGAGAAUAGCCGGUCAUCCGGACUACAAAGACGAUGUCUUCUAUGUUUGUCAGCCUGGGACACAGAAUGAUCUCUCGAAGGACGGACAGUGGACGACAGAUAUCAGCGAGGCGCUGCACGUCCAGCUCAAUCCGGGAGACGAUCAAGUGACUCAUACUUCCGACACCACUACUACCAUCACCGCCAUUAACAACAACUGCAACGCAACGGCCCGACCAUUGACUCCGCCUACAAGUAGUCUUGAGCAAGUCUUCAUUUCGGCCGACGGAAUAGAUCUCUACCAACCUGAUACCAGCUUCGUUCUCUAUGCCAUCAACAGCGGCUUCCGCAACUCCGGGGACGCGCAAAACUUCGGAGGCGAGCUGGCCUUCCGAGGUGGCCGUACAACUAUGGAGCUCGAUUCCAGCUGUCUUCCUAGACCCGAAUCCGUUCGAACGAAGGGGGAUACCUGGUUCGAAGAGCCUGCGGAUCACGAUGAUUGGGCUUUGAUGCCGGUUCCGCGGGGGCUGCCGAGUAUGUUUGUCUUGUGGAACGGGAAUUGGUACUACGCGAUCAGUUACCUGAAGGCGAGCUUCGCUGACGGAGCGGGUGAGGACGAUUGA